AUGGCUACUGUCAACAUUCGCCGGGAUGUCAGCGAUCCCUUCUACCGCUACAAAAUGGAGCGCCUGCAGUCCAAGAUUGAGGGCAAGGGUAACGGCAUCAAAACCGUCGUCGUGAACCUGAACUCGGUCGCCCAAUCUCUCAGCCGUCCUCCUUCCUAUGUGAUCAAGUACUUCGGUUUCGAACUUGGUGCUCAGGCCAACGCCAAGCCCACUGAUGACCGCUGGAUCAUCAAUGGUGCCCAUGACGCUGCCAAGCUCCAAGACUACCUUGACGGAUUUAUCACCAAGUUCGUUCUCUGUAAGAAGUGCAAGAACCCCGAAACCGACGUCAUUAUCAAGGACGACAAGAUCGUUCUGGACUGCAAGGCCUGCGGACAGCGCUCUGAUGUUGACCCGCGCUUGAAGCUGAGCACCUUCAUUACGCGGAACACGCCCUCGAAGGGAGGCAAGAAGGACAAGGGCGACAAGAAGGCCCGUCGCGAGCGGAAGAAGAAGAACGAUGAGGCAGCGAAUGGAGACAACAACGGCAGCCCCGGAGACAGCAACUCCGACAAUGGCGAUGAGAAUGGCGAUGAUGCUUUGGCUGCAAACAGCGAUGACGAGCUUACUCGCCGUAUCCAAUCCGAGGCCAAGGGUAUCGAGGCCGAUGAGAUCGAGGAUGAUGACUGGGCUGUCGACGUCUCCGAGGAGGCUGUCAAGGCCCGUGCUAAGGAUCUCCCCGAUGACCUGAAGCGUUCCCUCGUCCUGGAAGAUGCCGACGAGGAUGGAGCCGAUGGCCCCUCGGCCUACGACGAGCUUGGUAGCUGGAUCCUCAACACCGCCACUGAAAAAGGUGGCGUUACCAAGGUCGGCGAUGUGGAUAUCUACAUGAAGGCCAAGGAGUACGGCAUCGAGUCUAAGCACAAGACUGUUGCCGUCCUUGCUCAAACCAUCUUCGACGAGAAGAUCGUGAAGCAAAUUGCUUCUCGUGCCGGUCUCCUCAAGAAGCUGAUCACUUCGGAGCGCCACGAAAAGGCUUUCCUGGGUGGUACUGAGCGUUUCGUCGGCAAAGAUCGCCCCGAGCUUCUCGCUCAAAUUUCUCCCAUCUUGCUUGGCUACUACGAGAACGACCUCGUGUCUGAGGAAACCCUCAAGGCCUGGGGCUCCAAGGCCAGCAAGAAGUAUGUCGACAUCUCCACUAGCAAGAAGGUUCGCAAGGCUGCCGAGCCCUUCCUCCAGUGGCUCGAAACUGCCGAGAGCGAGGAGGAGGAAAGUGAUGACGAGUAG